AUGUCGAUCAAACUCCUCCUUCUUGUUUUCUCUGCUCUGAUAAUCUCCUCGAGACCCAAACUGAUCGCCGAUCAUCACUUAUCUUCAAGAAUCUCUCCGUUUCCUUCACAAUCUUCUCCGAUUCCGCCGCUCAAGGCCCAGUCUCCGGCGAUCCAGUCGUCGUUCCCUCGUGUACCGGCGUUGUUCGUGUUCGGAGAUUCCUCUGUAGAUUGUGGAACCAAUAACUUUCUUGGGACGUUGGCGAGAGCAGAUCGGCUUCCGUACGGUAGGGAUUUCGAUACGCAUCAGCCAACGGGGAGGUUCAGCAACGGAAGGAUCCCCGUUGAUUUUCUAGCUAAUCGUCUAGGCUUACCAUUCGUUCCUAGCUAUCUUGGACAAUCUGGGACUGUGAAGGACAUGUUUCAAGGCGUCAACUAUGCAUCAGCCGGUGCAGGGAUCAUCUUGUCUAGUGGAUCCGAAUUAGGCCAGCGGGUUUCGUUUGCAAUGCAGGUUGAGCAGUUUGUGGAUACCUUCCAGCAGAUGAUACUGAGCAUUGGGGAGGAAGCUUCGGAUCGUCUUGUCUCCAACUCUGUCUUCUACAUAUCGAUUGGAGUCAAUGAUUACAUACAUUUCUACAUCAGAAACAUCUCCAGUGUUCAGAGUCUCUAUUCUCCUUGGCUUUUUAAUCAGUUCUUGGCUUCCAAUAUGAGACAGGAACUCAAGACCUUGUACAAUGUCAAAGUGAGGAGGAUGGUGGUGAUGGGGUUGCCACCCAUUGGCUGUGCACCGUACUACCUCUGGAAAUACAGGAGCAAGAACGGAGAAUGUGCAGAAGAUGUGAACAGUAUGAUCAUGGAAUCCAACUUCGUCAUGAGGUACACUGUAGAGCAGCUUAACCGUGAGCUUCCAGGCGCAUCCGUUAUAUACUGCGAUGUCUUCCAAAGCGCAAUGGACAUCCUCAAGAAUCACCAGCUCUACGGUUUUAAUGAGACGACGGAGGCGUGUUGUGGGCUAGGGAGGUACAAGGGAUGGCUUCCGUGCAUCGCGCCGGAGAUGGCUUGCUCUGACGCCGCCGGACAUCUUUGGUGGGACCAGUUUCAUCCUACAGACGCCGUGAACGCCAUCCUCGCCGACAAUGUAUGGAAUGGUCGCCAUGUGGACAUGUGUUACCCAACUAACCUAGAGGCGAUGCUUCAUGCUUAGAUCAACUGAGGAGGAAAAGCAAUUUGCACAUAAAAGAACAUAUUGAAUUUUGUCACAUAGGUUAUCGCAUAUUUUCGUCUAGGAGGGAAAGAAAAACUGUGGGGUCUUCUUGACUCAAAAUGUAAGUACGGGACUGAGAAACAAAUAAUACAAAAAGAUGUCGGACUCAAGUUAUAUAA